AUGUGGGAUACACUAAAAAGUGUGUAUGAACAAACGUCAAGAUCUAACCUCUUAUUUUUGCAGCAAAAGUAUUAUAGUUAUAUUAAAGAUCCGGAGGACGACAUUGCAACCUUUUUAUCCAAACUAAUGGAAAUUGUGCAGCAUCUUCGUGAUCAAGGCGAAUGUAUAUCUGAUUCAAUGAUAAUUACGAAGGUAUUAAUGUCUUUACCAGCAGAAUACAAUCACUUUUAUAGCGCAUGGGAGUCGGUACGAGCUGAGGACCAGAAUCUUAACACCUUAAGAGCACGGCUUAUGGCAGAAGAAAUAAGAAUGGGCGCUCAGGAAAAACAAAAAUCAGAAGCUUUCUUAGCAAAACGACAAUACCGACCAGCAAACUAA